AUGGAUAAGUACCUUUCAAAUGAGGUGCCACCCAUCCCAAUGAUACCAGACAAGAAGUACCGCCGGGAGAGUGCCUCAGUGGUGGAUGAAUUCUUCUCCACAGAGAAGCCCACUUCUACGCCGUACAGCGUGAACAUCAAUGUGAUUCUGCCAGACACGACGCACCUACGCACUGGACUUUACCGGCCACCCAAACCCAUGACGCCAUUCCCACAGAUCAAAACAGAGCCUGGCACCAGCUUCGCCCAGCCCUGCUCUUCUGCCUCCGGCUCCACACAGACCCUGCCCGACUUCACCAGUGUCUUCAGCAUGCCUCAAUCAGUGGCAGUGAACAACAUCUUUAUCAAGCAGGAGAUGCCCUCUGAGAUCCCCUUAUCCACCAAUCCACAGCAAUCCCAUCUUUACCAGAUGCCUCUUGGCAACGGAAGCGCUGACAUUACCACUCUGACAUCCUCCUCCAACAGCACCACAGCCAUCAACAGCCUCAGUGGUGUCACCAUGUCCACAGGUAACACCAUGUCCAGUGUGGUCCAGAGACCGGUCCAGCCAGGAGCACCAGUUAAGCAGUACCCACAUGUCUCCCAGGGACAGGGAAACUUCAACAUCUCAGGGCAGUUCUACGCUGUUCCAGGGGUGAACCUGCCCCCUUCACCCCCCAACUCACAGCCUGGCAGCCCAGAAAAUCAACCUGAGCUCAUCAACACCAUCUCUCCCCCACCAUCCUAUGAAGCCACUUUUGGACUGAAGUUGGUCCAGUCAUCCCAGGUCCCCCCGGUCCCCAAUGGCCUUGGGACCCUCUCCCAAGGGCACAUUGUCAUGCAGCCCCCCAAAUACAACAGACGCAACAACCCUGAGCUGGAGAAGAGGAGAAUCCAUCACUGUGAUUACCCAGGUUGCUCAAAAGUUUAUACCAAGAGCUCGCACCUGAAGGCACAUCAGAGGACUCACACAGGUGAGAAGCCCUAUAAAUGCACAUGGGAAGGCUGCGACUGGCGCUUUGCCCGCUCCGACGAGCUGACCCGGCACUACCGGAAGCACACGGGUGCCAAGCCCUUCAAGUGCCUAGCCUGCGGCCGGUGCUUCUCCCGCUCCGACCAUCUGGCUCUCCACAUGAAGCGGCACCAGAACUAG